UUAUCCCCUCUACUACGUUUUAUGCGGAACUACACCUCCAUUGUGGCGUCUCUGCAUGUAUCCGCUUCCUUUUUCAUCUGGAUCUAAGAAAGAGCCAAGAUGGUACAGCGCUUAACCUAUCGACGACGUUUGUCGUACAACACCAAGAGCAACAGGAGACGCGUUGUACGUACACCAGGAGGUAAAUUGGUUUACCAGUACCUGAAGAAGCCCAAAAAGAUCCCAAGAUGUGGACAGUGCAAAGAUAAACUCAGAGGUAUUCAACCUGCGAGGCCAAUGGAACGCUCACGUAUGUGCAGACGGAAGAAGACAGUUAAACGUGUGUACGGUGGUGUGCUGUGUCACAAAUGUGUGAAGGAAAGGAUUGUACGAGCAUUCUUAAUAGAGGAACAAAAGAUUGUUGUUAAGGUAAUGAAGGCACAGCAGGCGUCAGCAAAAACGAAGAAGGUGGAGAAAUAAUUUUUAUGCUUUUUAUUAAUUAAGAAAAAUAAAUAAAAUAAGAAAUAUCUUACUGUUGAGUUAUUUUGCUUUGAAAAUAUAAAAAGCGUGAAAUCUCAGUAUCGAA